UGAAACUUAUUUUCGGGCAGGUCACUGGAUGAAUCAGUAGGCUAAUAAAUUGUAAUUUUCUAAUUUGGUAACCUUUUAAUUAGUGGUUGUAGAUUAGAAUAACGCUUUUUGAUAGUUUAGAGAUUGUGACAGUGACAACACAGUUUUGAAGAUGAAAGACCGAUUGGAACAGUUGAAGGCGAAAAGUGAUGUGGCUGGGGAUGAUGUGGAGAUUCCAGUGGAGAACCAAGCCUUUAUGGAUGACUUCUUCGCCCAGAUUGAGGAGAUUCGCAGUAGCAUCGACAAGAUAGAUGAGAGUGUGGCGCAAGCAAAGAAGCUGUACUCGACCAUCCUCUCCGCCCCGACACCAGAGCAGAAAACGCAGGAUGAUUUGGAGGCAGUCACCAACGACAUCAAGAAAGCAGCCGGCACCGCUCGCAACAAACUAAAGAGUAUCGAGAAGCAACUUGAGACAAACACAGAGGAGCGGUCGUCAGCAGACACCAGGAUUCGGAAGUCCCAGCAUGCCAUCCUGGCCAAGAAGUUUGUGGAGGUGAUGACCAAGUACAACGAGGCUCAGACAGAUUUUAGAGACAAGAGCAAAGGCCGCAUUGCCCGGCAGCUGGAGAUCACGGGAAAAACAACGACCGACGAGGAGCUGGAGGAGAUGUUGGAAGGAGGGAACGCAGCCGUCUUCACCGCAGGGAUCAUGGAGUCGGGUAUAUCGAAGCAGGCGUUGAAUGAGAUCGAGGCGCGGCAUAAAGAUAUUGUGAGACUGGAGAGCAGCAUCAAAGAGCUUCAUGACAUGUUCGUGGACAUUGCUAUGCUGGUGGAGAACCAGGGUGGUAUGAUUGACAAGAUUGAGAGCAACAUGGACCAAUCGGUGGGCUUCGUAGAGCGGGCUGUUGCCGACACCAAGAAAGCAGCCAAAUUUCAGCAGGAGGCCCGUAGGAAGCAGAUGAUGAUCAUGUGCUGCUGUGUCAUUCUCUGUGUCAUCGGAGGGUCCUUCCUCUACAGCUUCAUCAAAUAGGAAAUACCGUCUGGGGGAAAACUUGUUGUGAAACUGAGAGGUGUUCAAAACUCCAAAUUUAAACUUUUUAAUCAUGUAUUGAUCCAGAAGGAUGUUACCCUGGUCACAGAUCUCUUUGUACUCUUGCAAAUGCCAUUCCUGUCCCUGUCAAGUUUGAUCAGGGCCUGGAUUUAUAAAGCCUUUCAGAGUAUGAGUACAGAUCU